ACGACGACGACUACCAGGCAAACGAGCAAAUCAAGGAACUUGAAAAGCAGACUCUACAGAGCCAGUCGGCCUCCGCGCCUGGUUUCCACGAGGGUGCCACGACCGCGUCGUCAUCCAGCGCACCACCGGUGGCAGCCAGCAACAUGGGCGCCACCUUCUACACAUCAAAAGCGUACAACCUCGCGAUGGGUAAGAAGGGCUACGUGCGCGUGCAUGUCGCCGGGCGAGCCUUCCCAAAAGGUGAAGCAAGCGGAAAGUCAACACCGGCCACCAAAGUCAGGAAGCCGGCGAAAAUAUUGCAACCAAAAGCGGGGGCCAGUAGCGCGAAGCCGUCAGAAACGGUCUUGCCAAAAAAGAGCAGAGGCCCAGUAGCAGACUGGAGCAUGCUGGGAGUUCCAGCAAAAUACAACUACCUCAUGGGCCACUGGCAAACCCCAGAACGACACUGGGACGCAAUGCAGGAGACCAAGCGCACCUUCGAGCAACGCAAAAGCAAGAACGUUACCCUCCGCGCCUUCCUUCGUCAAGCCGUCGCGGACGGCUAG